CAGCUCCCCAAACGCUCAGGCGCCAAGCAUCUGCUGAUUCCACCCCGUGCCUGGCACGUGUGUCUUUCGGUCCUGGCUGGGCAUUGCCACCUCCCCCUGGGCCAGCACCACCCACGUACCUCUCGGCAGAGGCCACAAUUGACUGACUUUCUGUUGAGCUGCUGCUCUUUGGCAUGGCUGCAUUUUGAUGGCAGAGGGAGCAGUUAUGCCCAGAGCCCGGUGUGUCGGCAUCACCAGUCUGACCUGAGCACCAUGUGCUGCACGACAUGACACGCGGCACCGGGAGAACUGCCCAGCGUGGAAGAUUCUCAGGGGCUGCUAGAUUCAUCCCUGAUGGCAUCGGGCACUGCCAGCCGCUCAGAGGAUGAGGAGUCACUGGCAGGGCAGAAGCGGGCCUCCUCUCAGGCCUUGGGGACCAUCCCUAAACGGAGAAGCUCCUCUAGGUUCAUCAAGAGGAAGAAGUUCGAUGAUGAGCUGGUGGAGAGCAGCCUGGCUAAGUCCUCUACCCGGGCGAAGGGGGCCAGUGGGGUGGAACCAGGGCGCUGUUCAGGGAGCGAACCUUCCUCCAGUGAGAAGAAGAAGGUGUCCAAGACCCCCAGCACACCUGUGCCGCCCAGCCCUGCCUCAGCCCCUGGACUCACCAAGCGUGUGAAGAAGAGCAAACAGCCGCUGCAGGUGACCAAGGACCUGGGCCGCUGGAAGCCUGCGGACGACCUCCUGCUCAUCAAUGCUGUGUUACAGACCAAUGACCUGACAUCUGUCCACCUGGGUGUGAAGUUCAGCUGCCGCUUCACCCUGCGGGAAGUCCAGGAGCGCUGGUACGCUCUGCUCUACGAUCCUGUCAUCUCCAAGCUGGCCUGCCAGGCCAUGAGACAGCUGCACCCAGAGGCCAUUGCAGCCAUCCAGAGCAAGGCGCUUUUUAGCAAGGCUGAGGAACAGCUGCUGAGCAAAGUGGGAUCGACCAGCCAGCCCACCUUGGAGACCUUCCAGGACCUGCUGCACAGACACCCUGAUGCCUUCUACCUGGCCCGUACUGCCAAGGCUCUGCAGGCCCACUGGCAGCUCAUGAAGCAGUAUUACCUGUUGGAGGACCAGACAGUGCAGCCGCUGCCCAAGGGGGACCAAGUGCUGAACUUUUCCGACGCAGAGGACUUGAUUGAUGACAGUAAGCUCAAGGACAUGCGAGAUGAAGUCCUGGAACAUGAGCUGACCGUGGCUGACCGGCGCCAGAAACGGGAGAUUCGGCAGCUGGAGCAGGAACUGCAUAAGUGGCAGGUGCUAGUAGAUAGCAUCACAGGCAUGAGCUCCCCAGACUUCGACAACCAGACCCUGGCAGUGCUGCGGGGCCGCAUGGUGCGGUACCUGAUGCGCUCUAGAGAGAUCACCCUCGGCAGAGCGACCAAGGACAACCAGAUUGAUGUGGACCUGUCCCUGGAGGGUCCAGCCUGGAAGAUCUCCCGGAAGCAAGGUGUCAUCAAGCUGAAAAACAAUGGUGAUUUCUUCAUUGCCAAUGAGGGCCGGCGGCCCAUCUACAUUGAUGGACGGCCUGUGCUGUGUGGCUCCAAGUGGCGCCUUAGCAACAACUCAGUAGUGGAGAUUGCCAGCCUGCGAUUUGUCUUCCUUAUCAACCAGGACCUCAUUGCCCUCAUUCGGGCCGAGGCUGCCAAGAUCACGCCACAGUGAGGAGUUGCGGUGGGACCCAUGGGUGCUCUCUGGCCUCAGCGUCCCCUGCCAUCCCAGCCCCUGGAGCUGGGGACUCAGGCUCCUGGAGAAACCAGAGUGGGCAGCGGGAGACUCGGCUCCUGGCCCCUCGAUCUGAGCCUCUGCGGGAGGGUGGGGCUGGCCCUGGGGAAGCACCUGAGGCUGGGACCCUCAGCUUCCUUAGUACCAGAGCCCCUCCUUCUCUCUGCAGACGAUCCUGCCCUUUCCCCCAGAUUCCCGCCUUUGCUCCCUAUCUUCAGCUGAUUAUUAAUAGCUUCAGACUUUUCUUUUAUUAUUUUUCUUUUGUAAAUACAAAGCACUG